AUGCCUCAACGACAACGAUUUGUUUUUUAUGGUUUUCCUUCUCAUUACCGAAUGAUGGCUCUGUUGUAUGGACAAGAUGUGUCCUUAUUUCCGACAUCAGUUACAACACUUGUACAAGCAUCAACGAAUAAUUUGCCCUCGAUCACACAAGCCCGAUACGGAUAUUUGAAUUUCAUGUUUCAUCAUUGUGAAUGCUUUAUUCCUGAUUUGAAUGGGAAACGAACAGGUCGAGCUAUUAAAAAAUUGAAAGUUGUUGGAGAUGUGAUUGCAAUACUGAUUUCAGGUGAAGAAUGGAGUGAUGAUGAAGAUACUCUAAUGAUUGUGGAUUUAUCACACUGCUCACAAUCAUUCAAACCUGGAAAGAUUAGUAAUUUAAAAGAACACUCUGCUGAGCUAAUUCCAACACAUUUCAAUAACCUUCCUCAAAAAAAUCGUAAACAUGUAAAACAACAAUAUUACAUCGAAGAAAUUGUUUUUUCACAGAAAUAUGGACAAAUUGAGAGCAUCCAAUGUAGCUCGUCAAAUCGAAUGUUGAUCAAAACAAAAUUUGGAGAGUAUUAUUUAGGUAAUGUGGAAAAGAAAAAUCAAAACAUUUCAUGUACUUUUCAGCCAUUGAAAACAAAUUCUUUGUUGACGAUAUCUAGAUUAUCCGAUACUACACGAGUGCAAAAUGUGUUAUUAGGAGAACAAUUUUAUUGCACAUAUUCCAAUCAAGAAAUUUAUAUAUAUGGUAAAUUCACUCAAGGAGACUCAAUCGUUCCCAAAUUUUUUGAUGGAAAGAUGGCACUUCCUUCUUUGGUUUCUUCCAUUCAAAAUAUUCAAUCAGAUGCAUACAGUUUGAUUGUGCAAGCCAAAAAUUCUGGAGACUAUCAUUGGAGUAACACAUGUGGCUCUAAUUUGAAUCAUAGAAAUAUUCAACAGCUAUUAUAUGCACUCUUAGGUAAAUCCUCAUUUCUUGAUUAUCAUGUCAAGAGAAUAUUUCCAAACAAGAGCAGCUCGGGAUAUGUUGCAGAAAUGAAGCAUUCCAAAAGUGGAAAAUACAGAUACCUCAUCAUUUCAAAUCCUUCAUUGUGUAUGGAAGGUCAUGUGUCCAAGUGUUGGAGACCACAGAAGAUACAGAAAUUCUUUUCAACAUCAAGUUAUUGA